CUUUGGCUGGACCCGUGUUUCCUGUUUUAAUCUGGACACGUUUAGCCAUUUAAUCACCUUUAAAGUCUUCUGACGCAGAGACGGAGGCACAGACUGAGCAGGAGCUUCAGAUCCUCAGCGUCUCUGCUGGAGAAGCUUCAUCUUCAUCUGCUUCGGGAUCUGACAGUGAAGUAGAGCUGUAGAAUGGCCCAGAAAGCAGACAGAACUCCAUCUACAGACAGCCAAACAGCUGAAGGCUCCGCCCCCAAAUCUGCUCUCCGCAAGACAGCGUCCGGCGACGCCACCAAGAAGAAGAAAUGCAAGAAAUCCAACGAGGAUGCCAUGAACAAGGUGUACACUAACCUGCUGAACAGCGUCUUCGGACAGGAGCGAGAGCUGUCUCAGCCAGAGCUAGACGAGCUGGCAGAGGCAUUCAAGGAGUUUGAUUACGAUCAGGACGGCUAUCUGAACUAUAAGGAUCUGGCCGAGUGCAUGCGGACGAUGGGCUACAUGCCCACAGAGAUGGAGCUGCUGGAGAUCAUCCAGCAGAUCAAGAUGAGGCUUGGAGGUCUGAUGGAUUUUGAUGAUUUCUGUGAGUUGAUGGGCCCCAGGAUGAUGGUGGAGACGGCGGAUAUGCUGGGACUCAAAGAGCUCAAAAGCUCCUUCUGUCAGGUACAAGCACAACCACAAACCCUCAUCAGUCACUCCAUACACCCACAGGUUAAACUGCAGUAUACACUGUUCAAAAGAGUUCAAAAUCAAUCAAGACUAAAACAGCUGCUUUACAUUAGAAAAAUAUUUCACAAUUGUAUUUUUUAUUUUAAAAAGCACAAGAGAAAUCCAAACCCCCCUCUGGAAAAAGCUACUAAACCAAAGAAAGGUUUAAGCCCGAGUGCAUUCAGUGUUCAGGUUCAUGAGCUGGACGUGUGUGCACAGAAGUGCAGAUUUAAUUAGAUGCCUCAUUUGCAUAUUUCAACAUAACAUUUCAGAAAACUCGUAAUACAAACAACAAUCAGUCAGCUGUAGUAUGGUAUACUCUAUUUUGUUAACCCUAUCCAGCUGUAAUGUCUUGCUCUGAGUGUAUUCGAGCAGUUUAGUCUGAGUAGUGAAUGAAGCGUGUGUGUUUGCUGUUUGUGCUCAGUUCGACGCUGACGGUGAUGGGAAGAUCUCUCUGGAUGAGAUGAAGGAGGCUCUGAGGACGCUGUUAGGAGAGAAACUCAAGAAAGGAGAGCUGGAGGAGAUCCUGAAGGAGCUGGACCUGAACGGAGACGGAACCGUGGAUUUCGACGGUGAGAGAUCUGCUCCAGACGCAGUGUAAAAUAUAAGCAUUUAUAAUUCAGAUAUGUGAGGGAGCAGUGAUCUGAUGUUGUUGAAUAUGAUUGGACUCUUCCAGAGUUUGUGAUGAUGCUGUCGGUGCGAUAACACCCUCAUCUACUGUCAGCGUUCCUGAUCCGACAGCACGAUCCGGGAAAACCGGGAAUAUCUGGGAUCUUUAGAACUGUGUGCAAUCAUUCAGGGCCACAGUCAUCUCCGUAAUGAAAAUGCAUCUCUAGUUUUGUUCUACUCUAUAGUAUGGACUAAUGCUAAUUUAAAUCUGUAUAUUUAAAUAUACGAAUGGAGGUUGCCAAGUAUUUUCUGUGAAAUGAGUUGAUGAAUGUCUGGAAAAGCCAUGGAAAUUACUUCUGAGACAGUGAGAGACGCCUGAUCAUAGAAGACUUCAGUUUCAGGUCGAGAAAAGAGGAUUUGUAAUGAUUUGUUAAAGUA